AACUGUUUGUAUUUUUUCGCGCUUGUUGAGUUGUUUACAUUUUUGGGUAUGCAUUGGGGUACAUUGCAGUUCGCUGAGCAAUGACAUUUCGGGGUCAUAUUUCAUUCUGACGUCAGCAAGCAACAUGGGUUUUACAGCUAUGCACCAUUGAUGAUGCACAGCCAGAUAAUAAUGUAAAAACAACUGGAGUAGUAACGAGGAUGAAUUCUCUCACGGAUUUUUAUGAUUUCUUCUUUGAAAUUUCAAAGUACAUGAAACAAACAAUGUUCUGGUAGACAAAAGUAUUGAGCCCAUCAAAGUAAGGGAAUUUACAAGUAAGUGAGUAAAAUAAAAAAAAAAAAGAGACCAUGGCCAGCCGUGGCAACGUGUGUAUCCAGAUGUGCGAGUCCAUGUACCAGCUCCCGUCACGAAUCGCCUGCUUUUUGCUGGUCCUCAUCCAGGGAGGGAUACUAGAUUAUUACCUGGUGACCCACAAAAAUGUUUACUGGUACGGCUGGAUAGGUGCGGAUGUAGCCAUCGGAUUUGUUCUGUUUGUGGCAUUUAUGAUAUCUUACCGACAUUUAAAGUAUAUCCGGAAGACCAGCACCAGUAACCGACCAAUCGAGGCAGGCAGCCUCCCUCUGGGAUACUUCGCUUGGUUUAUUUACUCGUUAGCUCUAGCUGGAAGGGUUGGAAUCAUUUUCAAUGACUUUGCCUGGAAACUGAAAGAAGAAGAUGCAUUUGGACCGAAUACUUUAAAAAUCACUAUUUCUCUUGCGGCCAUAAUAUUUCUGUUGUUACUGAUGAGUCACCAUGAUGCUGAGUGUAACACUGAAAGACGCCACUAUAUAGAGGAAAUGACCGCCACGGUUGUGUUUGAUAUUCUAGAUUCUGUUGAUGCUUUGGACAUUAUGUUUGAGAGAGAAGACAUUGAUGACCUGCCUAAUGGCAUGGGGUUAUGUAUAAUCAGUAUAUCUUGUUUAAACCUAAUUCUGCCCGUCCUGCCAUUGUGUUCUCUGAGCCGUAGUCACUUUGGACAUCAUGUCCGUCAGGAAUCCAUCAUCCUGCUACACAAGCUCUCGCUCGUUUUUGUUGUCAACCUGCCACUACUUGUGUUUAGGCUAGUUCUAUGGCACGCUCUGAGUAAAGAAAUCUCCAUAUUUCCUGUAAAGAAUGUGAUUGUGAUAUUUCUAGUUUUUCAUAAUCUGUACGAGAGAAAACGACAAAAAUUGAGGGCAAGAGACGAGAUGGACUCAAUUGCUGCCCAAGAGAUGAAGCAGUUUCCAGUCCAUUCAUGAGAUGAGACAGUCUCAACCAUUUCUCAACGUACGAAUGGAUUUCCUGUACAGACUUGAGACUAGCAGAAAAGAUCUGAAAUUUAUUUGUAUUUUUUUUUUUUUUUUUUUGAAUUUUGUAUUAGAUGAAUGUGAAAUUUUUAAUUGAAAAAACUUGUUCCAACAUUUUGUUUGAAUUAACAGAGGUUUACUGGUCACAAAAGGUCAGCAAAAUAUUGUUGACUAUUUUGCUUGUUGUAAAAUAGCUCACUUUGGAUGUUGGAGUUUUUGAAAUUGUGAUAUGUUUGUGUUUGAUGUAUUGAUUUUAAGAACAUACCCUUUUUUUUUAUUUCAUUGACAGUAAACUAUAUAUAUUUACAACACAAAAAAGAAAACAUGCACACAUUACAAUAAAUUCAUAAUUCCUUCAGCUCUGUAUAAUCCAUGUAUUCUACCAUUUAUUGUCUAGUCCUUACUGCCAUAGGUCAGAAUUAUAAUGAGGUAUAACUCUAUGUUAGCAGGACUUGAAUAGCUCUUUAUUCACAAAAGAUGUUAAGUCUUAUGCUUGCAAUAAAAUUUGACUUGCAGAACAUGUGCACCAACAGUAAUACUAAUUAAUACAUGUACAAUUAUGAUCUGGAGUCGCCUAUACUGAUAAUAACAGGGUUAUAUUGCUCACCAAACUUAAUGAUUCCAAUUUUAGACUAAAUACCAUUUGUUGAUUCUUUUGAGAAUGAAAUCCUAACUAUGUUUGCAUAGUACCUACAAAUAUAUACAGAUGUGUUGUAUAAUGUUUUUGUUUUUUUAUUUUUAAAGAAAAAAGAGAUUAUUUUAUGAAUAUAUAUUUUCUAUAUAUGUGGAAGUCUAGUAUGUACUAGAAGGAGACUAUAGAUUAAAUAUAAUCUGUAACCAUACACUAUUUGUAUAUGGUGUAGUAUGAAGAGUUCUCUCUCUUGAUUUGGAAUCAACUGUAAAGCAGGUACAACACUGCAUUAAAAAGGUUGCAUAGAAUUUAUAAAUAUAGUACACAGUGUACUGAUAUAUACAUGUAGUAACAGAGUCAAUUGUUCUAUGAAAAACAAAUGAAACUUACACAGUAAAUGGUCAUUUGUAGAAUAUUAUAGGUAUUAAUGAAGAACUUAAGAUAUCAGUUUGUACAUGUAUGAUCAUCAGUCAAUACAGCUGUCUGAACCAAGUUUAAUAGAACUGACAAGUUAAUCAUUGCAAUUAAUCUUAACCCAAUAUUUUGAACAUAUGUUGUGAAAAAUUAAAUAUACCAGACCCCAAACCCCUUUUUUAUUUUUAAAGGAAGUGUUAAAAAUAGAUUUGUUUUUAUUUAUUUUCAGCAAUCAUUCCAUUAAGAUUUAAAUGAAGUCAAACUCAAUGUUGUGUGCAAUAUAAUGCUGUAAUCUUUGGUUUUUUUUUUCUUUUAUACAGACUGUAUUUAUUUUGAUUUGUUUGUUUGUUUGUUUUGGUUGUAUAAACAUUUAUACUCUAUUUUGAUGCAUUUAUAUCUCAGCCUUUUCUUAUUUUUAGGUUCCAAAUUGAAUCUUUUCAAUGUUAAUCUUUACCUAAGCUUAAGCCAAUACUUUUUAUUUUGUUGUUACGUAGUUGCUCCAUUUCAUGUUUACUAUUUUACUCUUACUGAUGCUUCGUACCAAGAGAUUGUCCAAUAUGAAGGUGACAUAACUGAAUGAUAAGGUCACUGUACUUUGCCUGCUCUCAUAUGUUCGUGUAUUUUUACAACUUAUGAAACCCUAAGCACUUCAAUGCAAUGUGUUAACUUAUUCCAUGUACUUGUCAUCAUUAGCAGCUUGUUAUAACGCUUGCCAAUCAAUCACCUGCUAUUUUUCUUGGCAUAUGUAUCUUUUUAGCCAUUCAACACCCAGUAUCUAUUGUACAUGUUGUAUACUGGUAAUUAAGUUGUACAAUAUCUACAUGUACGGUACUAGAAGUAUAUAUGGACCCUUCAAUGUGAAAUCAGCGACUUUUGUGUUUAUAUUGAUAUAUGCAGUGAUCAUGGUGAUCUUUUUCUAUUUUUAUUGCAAUUCCAAAGAUCUAAAGACUAAGAUCGGUAUAUACCAAGGGUAUGUUUGUGGAACUUUUUAGAGCCUAGGAACAUUUCAUUAAUAUCCAAUGACCCUAGGAGUACCUCUUUAUCUUUUAAAUCUCAAAAAUGAAAGAGUCCUAAUCAUCAAGUCGAGAUCUAAAUUGACGAUUGAAAUAAAUGAGUUUUUUAAUCAUUGGGCAACUCUUAAUCAAGAGAUCUGUAAAAAAAAUUUAUUCCAGAAAAAAAAUUAUACAUGCAUGUUUUAUUUAAAUGUUAACCAAGCCUUCACAAAUUAAAAGUAUAUAUGUAAUGAAGAGUUGAACAAACAAAUCCACUAAUAUCAAAAUUUCGAAGCUCGCAUGUUGGUUACUUGUUUAAAAUAGAAAAUAAAACACUGAAAAUAACAGAAAAAUAUUCAACAGAAUAUAUGCUUUGUUAUUACCGGCUAAGUA